CCCCACCGUCGGGGAACGCAGGCGCGCCGGGUCUCCCUUCCUCCCUCUCCCGAGUCACUGGCCGGCCCAGCUCUGGGGAGGCGUAUUGGAAGCCGGCUUUGAAAGGCCAGCAUUCGUUUCCCAAACUGGGGCCCGGGAGAGCUGAAGUGGGCGGGUUCCGGACCGUGGAACCGAGAGCGUGUCUGAGGCGGCCAUGGAAGCGGAGGCGGGAGCGGGGCAAUCCGGAGAGCCCGUCGAGCUCCCCGCGGCAGUGCGGGCGAAGAUCGAGCGAAAUCGGCAGCGAGCGCUGAUGCUGCGCCAGGCCCGGCUGGCGGCGAGGCCGUACCCCGCGUCCGGGGCAGCGUCGGGGAGUGCUGGAGGUGCAGGCAUUAAUAAUGUGAAAUCAGCACCAAAGAUAAUUGAUACAGGAGGAGGUUUCUUUUUAGAAGAGGAAGAAGAAGAGGAGCACAAAAUUGACAAAGUUGUACAUAAACCAGGGCCUGUUCUAGAAUGUGAUUAUGCAAUUUGUGAAGAAUGUGGGAAAGAGUUUAUGGAUUCUUACCUCAUCAACCACUUUGAUUUGGCAACUUGUGAUAAUUGCAGAGAUGCUGAUGGUAAACACAAGCUUAUAACUAAAACAGAAGCAAAACAACAGUACCUCUUGAAAGAUUGUGAUUUAGAAAAAAGAGAACCAGUGCUUAAAUUUAUUGUAAAAAAGAAUCCUCAUCAUUCACAGUGGGGUGAUAUGAAACUUUACUUAAGACUGCAGGUUAUAAAGAGGGCUCUUGAAGUUUGGGGUAGCGAAGAAGCCCUAGAAGAAGCAAAGGAAGUUCGACAGGAAAACCGGGAGAAAAUGAAGCAGAAAAAAUUUGAUAAAAAAGUAAAAGAAUUACGCAGAGCUGUAAGAAGCAGUGUAUGGAAAAAAGAAACUACUAUUCACCAGCACGAGUAUGGAGCAGAAGAAAGCAUUGAAGAAGACAUGUACCAGAAGACUUGUACAAUCUGUGGCCAUCAAUUGACUUAUGAAAAAAUGUAAUCUGAGUUUUAAGCUAACCAUUUUGAAAUUUUAUAUUUAAAUAAAGAAAAUUUUAAUGAUUAAA